UUCUACAGCUCCAUUUUGGAAAAACUGCACGACGAUAGUAUGGAUGUGUCGGUUGAAGUGUCUGCAAACAGUGGUAAGUUCUAACUUUGUAGCAUAUCAUUUUUUCUGGUUAAUAUUUUGUUCGUCGUAGUGGAUUAUUUGCGGUCAAAGAUUCUCCUAUUUUGCGACUCAAGCUAAAAAUCUCCUAGACCCAAAAGAACGAUGCACAUUUUCACCAAAACCUUACAUAUACAUUUUUUUCGACGCAGAGUGGGAGUAAGAUAGCGGGGAAAGCGAUUUGGAGCUUACAAGUCAUCCAUUGUGUGCUCACCGGAAAGGUAUUCGAUUUUUGUUUAUCUAUAAGUGAUUGUAUUUUAAUUUUAUAUCCACGAAAGUAUCUCGGUGUUGAUUUAUUUAGCAACAUUUUAAUAAUUUUCAGGAAGUUCCCCUCGUCGUAAUCCUUUUUGCCCUGUCAGAACACCAAAGAAGCUGAAAGAAGGCAUCGAUGUAGCUAGGUACUACUGCAUGCCAUAUCAAAUCUUCAAAUUUAUUUUGCUUACCAUAUAUUAAUCUUAACUAUUACUUUAUUUUUUUUGAAAGAGGUGGAUAAAGGAGUUGUAGGCAAAGGAAAGAAUAAGACCUGUAGGGCACACCUGUCCACUUUAAUUUGACUGUUGUGUAAGGUGAUGAUAAUAAGCUUAUUUCUAGUGCCUUCAUACUUAAUUUAUUUUGCAGGAUGUUCUCCUCAUUCAAAAGUUACCUGCCAUGGAAAACGGAUGUUUCCAUACAGUCCUUCAGCAAAGACAAACCAGCAAAAGAGGUUAAAGGAAAUAGGUACAUCUACAACUGUACAAUGUAUUUACCAUUGUUACCCUAUUUAAUUGCAUAAAUUAUUGAAUGAGGUUGAGUACGACGUGAAAGAUUAUCCAGAUUGAAUAGAAUGAUGCCCACCUCAGAUCAGCACAAUUCUGCACAUCAUAUAAAAACCAAAAACUUUUGCCUUUCCCAGCACAGUUCCAGGAUAUCUGAAGGUGUUUUUUCUUGCAUGUACUUCACAAAAAGUAGAUAAUAUUCAUCCAGAAACAUGAUUUGCAUGUUCUUGCAUUCUAUCCUGUUUUCGUCAGAAAAUUUAGCUGUUUCAUCUUGGUAUAGAUGUAAAUGCACAUAUUUAGUUCACUCAAUAUUGCCGGAGCAGCCUUGUUGCUGGGCAAAUAUACCAUGUACUAACCUUGCUUCUAAAACCAUAUAUCAUGGGAUCAAGGGUAUAUUGCUUGCAUCCUCCAAAUAUGAAGAGUUCCUGUUGGUUAUGAAUUAGCUGGGGGCUUGAGGCAGUUGAAAAUGGCUACAUGUUUUGAAUGAACAACAAUAAUUGACAUAUUUAUUUAUUUUCGAAAGUUUGCCUUGUGCCCAUCCUCUUUAUCUCUGUACUACAACUUAAGCUUAAUUGAUUUCUGACUUUGUAUUUUUGAAGAUCUGGAGAAGUGAGUUGUAGCCACUGGAAAUAAAAUGACCUUUAGGGUAAACCUGAAGCCAUUUAAAGUUUGUCUGAUGUGUAUUUAAUGAUUUUGCAUGAUAUUCUUCUUGUCCUUCUUUUAUAUGUUCUGUAAAAAAGGUCACAAGGACAUUGCCAAACAGUCCAUCAGACUGGAAAAAUAGGUACAACUGUGCAAUUAUGUAUUCAUUUAUAUCAGUUUUUUUACCACUGAGGCUAAUUCCAACAAAUAUGAUAAUAAUUUCUUAUCCAAUCUUUCAGCUGAUUAUUGUAUACCUGGGAAUGUAAUUCUUACUUUAAUUAAAUUAAAUAGUUAUAUUUGCCUAUUUGAGAAAUUCCAACUAUUUCAUUAUUGUUACACAGCAAUUUUAAACUAGGCAACCUUAACAGCAUAUUAUAGCCUCAUUAUAAAUCUGCCAGUAUUUCAUUUUUUGAUCCCAGUGGGUUUUACAUUGGGACAGGCAGAAAAAGAGGGGAAAGGUGGGCUUAAGGUCUCGGUAAAGGAAAACGAGGAGCCCACAGAAAAAAAUUCUAGUCGCGCGAGUAUUUUCGCUAAAAAGGCAAGUUAUAUAUCAAAUUAAAGCUAAAAGACUAAAUUACCUUAUAAAAGAUUUUAUUUCAUCGAAUUUUAAAAAGGCGCUUAAGUUUUUUGCUCUCGAACUCAGAGGUAUCGAGGUUACUGCUGAAGCUCCAGCCCUUUCGCGUUGUUAAAUAUUCACUUCCUUUUUAAUGCGUCUGAUUGACAGAUAAAAGACCUAAAAAAGAGUGUGAGGAAAUUUGCAUAUGUCUCGUAUUAGCGGAAUUAUUGCAUUUCAAACUAAAAAGUCGAAUCUCGAGUGCGAUUUACGCAAAGAAACUGACAUAAAAUGAGUUACAAAGGGAAAUCGGAAAAUUCCUCACACCCUUUUUGAGUCUAUAUCAUUAUCCAUCAUAUCUGAAAGUUUCAAAGCGAUAGCUUAAAACCUGUCCCGACUGGAGGUCGGAGAAUUUUGAUUUUUGCGUCUAAAAUAGAGUGAGAGAAAAUCAGCUCUAAAGAUUUAGCGCGGGGUCCACGCUUGGCUGGUUAGCUCAGAAAAGGCUCAUUUUAGAAGGGUUAAAAAGCACUUUCUGGCUUUCUUUUUCUGUCAAAAUAAAAUUUAGGACCCACUCAUGCCAAAAAUCCAAAAAAAACAAAAUCGAGCAAUGUACUAAAAUUUUCAUUUACCGAGACCUUAAUGCCCGGGGUGUGGUGCAUAUUAUUUAAUUUAUUGCCGGCACAAAGUACAAAUACAAUAAGAUAGCAUUUAUAGAUCUGCAAAAUAAAAAUAUUUUCUUAAUAGGGUCCUACAUUCGCACUAAAAUUCAUGUUGUCCAUGCAUCCUUAAUCAAAUAAAAACGUAUUAUUGUAAAGCGAUCAUGUUAUAAUUUCACUCUUUAGAUGGAAAUAUUUUUUUAUUUUAUGCAAAUGGUUUCAAUUUUCUAAUCAUGAGCCACAUUUGUAUGUACCCUUUAACACGGCUAAUUUUCUACCUGGUUCAAAUGUUUUUUGUUUUUAAUUUAUUAAAUUUCAGGUAUUUUAAUGAGAAACUUACUGGG